UCCAAUCGGGCACGCCUACUAGAAGUGACGCUUUCACUUCGUUACAGGAAAUUGAAACGCUUGCUUUGUUUAUGCUGGGGAGAGAGAGGAGAGACGAGUACCUCGACUUCUGAUUUUACAACAUUUAAUCACCUGCUGUUUAAAGUAUUACGUUGGGUUAAUGAUUUCUAUAUUUUUGUUCGUUUAUUACCUGCAAUGACUUGUGAAACUCAGACCAUUUUCUGUUUUAUUUAAGAAUUCAGACAGACUGGAGCGUGAACGUUACUCCUUGCAAAAGUAAAACGAGUCUGCUGUUUGUUUUCUUUCGUUAUCACGCAAAAAGAAGUGCUGGUUUUAUAUAAAUGUUAAUUCUCAAGUAAAAAAAAAAACUGCUACUCGAGUCUCAAGCUAACAGUCAGUGAAGAUGGACGUCAGCGUCUCCGUGUCGUUCUUUCAAGACGAGCUCGCCUCUACCAUCGAGCACGCAGUGAAAGCGGCUGUAGACACCGUCUUGUGCCAAAUCACAAAAGUUGUCGGCGGCAAAUUCACUGAAUUCCAAAUGGAAAUGGCUGGAAAGGAGAAAGAGAAUGAAAGUCUGAAGCUGAGAUUGGAAAUAUCAGAGAGCGAGUUGAAAGCAGUGCGGGAAUGCAUGAACGCUGCAGAUGCAGACAUUAAACAACCUCUCAGAAACAUGAACCCCGACUGCAAUGAACAAGACUUUCAGAGGAACGAGAUCCAGGGAUUAUUUCAAGAUCCCAAAGAGAGUUGUGCUUUACCUAAACCUGAAGCGCCAAGAAUAGAAGCAGUUUACACACAAGAGGAGCCCUUUGACCAGGAGUGGUGUGCAAGUCUAAAGCAGGUUACAGAGCCGACAUCUUUUAAAGAUGAAGAGGUUCCUCAACUGGAGUGUGUUACUAUUAAAGAGGAAUUCUUUGAACAGGAAUGUGUCCCCAUCGCAGAGGAAGUUCCUGCUGAAAAUAAUGUCUGUACACUUGAGGAGAACAACCAGCUGGGAUCCAGCCUGUGUGAUGAUUGUCCACCUGAAUGUGAACUGGGAUUUAGAGCUUGUAUCUCAUCUAUAUCCAUGUCUGAGGCAGACGAGAAUGAUUUCGGAUCACUUUCUUCAUCAGAAUGAAUUUCUGAAACCAUCUCAUCUCGGGCGCAUCCAUCUUUGUUUUGGUGUGCUUCAAACAUGGACAGCUUCAAAAGUUCAAACGUGAACACACGUCACUUCCAGGUCAUAAGUGAAUCCCUUCUGUGUAUACGGAAGACUGAUCUGAGCGUGUUGAUGCGAUAAUGAUUAUUGCAGCGCCUGAACAAAAACACGGGCGUUCCAGUAAUCUACAGGACGGGCGUUCUGGGGUUUAGAGGGUUAAUAAUCAAAGUGAUAUUCUCAAGCAUUUGUCCUUAUUGGCACCCAUUAUAUUCUGCCUGGCAAAUCUCAAUGUGAUGGUAAUAAAAGGAGGCUGGUAUGAACAGGAGUGAUAUUAAGCGGGUUUGACUGUAUUCUCCUCAGAGUUCACUCUAGGAGUUGGUCAUGGUUAUGAGGGGAAGCCCUGCAGAAGAGUGAAUGUGUAAGAAUGCUGUACAAUAACCUUUGUCUCUUCUCUUUUUUUAGUUUUUUCUCUGGCUGCUAAAGGAAAUCACAAAGGAGAGAAACCUUAUCACUGCUCUGAGUGUGGGAAGAGUUUCACGCAGUUACAGUAUCUUAAAAGACACCAGCAUGUUCACACAGGAGAGAAACCUUAUCGCUGCUCUGAGUGUGGGAGGAGUUUCACGCUGUUACAAAAUCUUAAAAGACACCAGCGCGUUCACACAGGAGAGAAACCUUAUCACUGCUCUGUGUGUGGGAAGAGAUUCACACAGUUAGGACAUCUUCAAUCACACCAGCGCAUUCACACAGGAGAGAAACCUUAUCACUGCACAGAGUGUGCGAGGAGUUUCACGCUGUUACAGAAUCUUAAAAGACACCAGUGCAGUCACACAGGAGAGAAGCCUUAUCACUGUACUCAAUGCGAGAAGAGUUUCACAUAUUUAAGUUCCUUGAAAAUGCACCAGCGGACUCACAAAGAGAAAUCUUAUCAAUGUAGUGAAUGUUUGAAGAGAUUCUGUCAGUUAUCAAACCUUAAAAGACACCAAAAAAAUUCACACGAGAGUGAAGCCCUAUCCCUGUACUGAAUGAGGGGAAAAAAUGACUGGGUCUUGAAGGACACAAGAUAAUUUAGAGUUUUAGACUCUUGAAGAGACCUAAACACCAGGAGUACAUUUCAGAUCAAAAACCUACAUUCAUGGAUGGGACAUAUGAACUACUGCAUCUUGUUUGGACCGUUCAUCAUCUUGUUGACCAUUCAAAUUUUGUUGUCACAUUAGUAUAUGUAAUACAGUGCUCCCUCGCUAUAACGCAGGUCUCGGGGGACACACAAUAUAAGCGUUAUAAACGAGGGGGAGGGGGAGGAGGGCGCUGCGGGACACAACACACAUCUGACUAAAAUACAAAAUAAAAUAACUCCCUCUCUAUAAUGCACAUAUAGUGAAUAAAGCAGCAUGUAAUCAACACUAUUUUUUACAAAAAGAAAAGGUAACAUUCCCACUCAAUUGGCGUUUUUUAAACUAUAAAUAGCCUGGCUAAACGGUGGUAAGGAGUUCAGUUCGAAGCGACAGACAAGCAAACCAACUGCGAGAAGGAGAGAGCGGGUCGGGCGAGGGGGAAGAGGGGACGGGCUCGCCCCAAGCUCGGCUGCAGGAGCGGGGCUGAAGUGUCUCAUCUCCCAGAAAAAGCUGCAGCUCCUCUCGCAGCAAAAAAGUAAAUACAUUAGGAAAGAUAACCACGUAAUAGGCCUAAUAUUUAUUUAGUUAUGAAAUGAAUGUUGAAUAAGACGUCUGUGUUAUAAAGUGCCAACGCAGCUUUUCUUCAGUUCAGAUACUGUAUCAAAAGGGAGAGCCUGAGAAGUUGUUUACAGUUUGAACAACACUGGUACUGUAUUUAUUGUAGAAGGAUUGCAUGAAUCACUAGUAUUGAGAACUGGGGGACCUGCUGUAGGAGCAGAUAUUGCGUAUGCAAUAUUCCACUUUUCUCUUAGUUUGAACAUUAGGAUUAUUAUAAGGAAUUCCCCAGCUAACAGGGCUUGCACAAUUUUUAUUGGGUGCAAGGACAGAGUCCCAGCUGUGUCCGGUUUUCAAUAUCGGAGUUGCACUGAAAAACUAGCCUUGCGUCAGCAAGGUUUUGUCAGAACGUUGUGGAGGUUUCAGAGCGUUCCCUGCUCUUUUUGACCCACCUACCAGUUUACCUGCAAUUUUCAAUCCGUAGAAUGAUCGCAUCUCACCGUGUAUUCAGGUGUGCUUUGAGUUGUUCUAAAUGAGUAGCAGUUGUUGCAGUGAGCCGUUUUUUUUUUUUUUUUAAUUAUGAAUGGCCAGGUUUGUGUGAAAUACAUUAAUGAGGGUAACACUAUUGUGUUAAGUUUGUAAUUAAUGACAGCAUUUGUGAUUUUGACCCAAUCUGUACUUAAACACAAACUUAAGCAUGUAUAGAGCUGUUUGGAAUUGUGAAACAAACAUGACAUGACAUCUUCUACAGUUUAGAAUGCUUGAGGAAAGAAGGAGAAGGGGGUACCCUGCAAGAGAGUAUGUAGGACCAGAGUGACUUUUCUUGACCAGUCAGAUGAACAUGUCUUAGAGUUAACGAUCAGAGUUCUGUGUUCAGAGUUAAUGGUCUACUCAGUGCGACUGCCAGGAGCUGUGUCAUACCAGUGCAUAUCAAGGUACUGCUGCCUUGACCUUUUACUAAACCAGCUCAUUCCAAAUACCACCUGGAGAUGUUUCUUGUAUCUAGUGCUGUAUGAAACGGUUAUUAAUGUAAUCGAUUAAUCUGUCGACUGUUGCUUCGAUUAAUCUGAUCAAUACAAACACAUCACUCAAUAGCUAGCAAGUUUAACCACUUUUAACAGAUGUUUUUAUGUACCCAGUACAAUACAUGUCUGGAGAUGAUUGCACCUGCUUUGCUUUACUAUUUCAGGAGCAAAAAAUACUCUACAAUUUCUAAAGUAUCUGAAAUAAAGUAUUAAAUAAAGAAUACUCAGCAUAGUAUCCUUCUAAAAAAAAAAAUUGCCAAAUGAUGGCAGCUAAAUAAUGCACUGAGACUAUUAAACAUACCACAAAUUAACUGUAACUUUACAAGCAGAAACUAUUUAUUGUUGACCACUUCAUAAGACAAAAAACUAUGUCAAUUAUUGCUUUUCGAUACGUUUUUUUCUAACAAUGGAAUGACAUGGGAGGGGAGGGGAGGGGCAUUUUCUUUACUUGUAAAACAAAACACAAAUUGUCUAACUUCUCUAUACAGUAUUACAUUUCACAGCAGGAUGUACUUUAAACAAAUAAGAACAUAACAAAGUUUACAAACGAGAGGAGGCCAUUCAGCUUAUUGAUCCCAGAAUCUCAUCAAGCAGCUUCUUGAAGGAUCCCAGGGUGUCGGCUUCAACAACAUUACUGGGGAGUUGGUUCCAGACCCUCACAGUUCUCUGUGUAAAAAAAGUGCCUCCUAUUUUCUGUUCUGAAUGCCCCUUUAUCUAAUCUCCAUUUGUGACCCCUGGUCCUUGUUUCUUUUUUCAGGUCAAAGAAGUCCCUUGGGUUGACAUUGUCUAUACCUUUUAGGAUUCUGAAUGUUUGAAUCAGAAUAGAAAACAAAUGACCUGUUUUGUUUUCAAAUCUUAGACUUUUUAUGAAUUAUAUUUGGUCUCUUGAAGUCAGUCACGUGGCAAUACAAAGUCCACUGUAUUUGAAUGCAAGAACACCAGCAUAGCAACAUGUUCUGGGGUUAGGCUUGCCCUCUUCCUUGAGGUUAUAGAGCCUGCUACUGAAAACAAACGCUCUCGGACAAAGACCACCCCCCACCCACCCACCAACCCACCACGUAGUCUUAAACGAGUCAGGUGACGGUUUCAUUUCACUAUUCAGAGUAAAAACAAAAAAAAAUAUUUGUGCGUUUUUUAUUGGUAUUUAAUCGUAAUGUUUAUACUUAAAUUGCUUUUGUUAUUUAUCAUCUCUGGAUAUAUAUGGAUCAUAUGUUACGUUGAUCAGUGUGUGAUUAAAUACAUAACCUUUACAGUAAAAAAAAAGCAUCAAACAUGGUUCUAUCUAUUUCUCUAUCUCUCUAUCUCUCUAUCUUUACAUAUAUACACUGUAACUGUUAUUGUAUUUUGAAAAACCCCAACCUAAUUUGAAUACAUAUUUUUUUAUAUAUAAAUUUAGUCGUUGCCAAUUAGUUUUUAUUAUUUUCUCCCCAAUUUGAAAUGCCCAAUUAUUUUUUAGGCUCAGCUCACCGCUACCAAGCGCUGACUCGGGAGGGGCGAAGAUGAACACACGCUGUCCUCCGAAGCGUGUGCCGUCAGCCGCCCGCUUCUUUACACACUGCGAACUCGCCGUGCAGCAGCCUCAGAGCUACAGCGUUGGAGGACAACGCAGCUCUGGGCAGCUUACAGGCAAGCCCGCAGGUGCCCGGCCAGACUACAGGGGUCGCUGCUGCACGGUGAGCCGAGAACACCCUGGCCGACCUAACCCUCCCUCCCCACGGGCGACGCUCGGCCAAUUGAGCGCCGCCCCCUGGGAGCUCCCGUCCACGGUCGGCUGUGGAAUAGCCUGGACUCGAACCAGCGACGUCCAGGCUAUAGAGCGCAUCCUGCACGCUAGCGAGUGCUUUUACUGGAUGCGCCACUCGGGAGCCCCCCCUAAUUUGAAUACAUUUUAACUCAUUUUGUCUCGUACUGACACACCAAUAGUGCUGGUUGUUUUGACGUGUAUUAAUAACAUUUGUCAGUAUACUUUGGGCUGGGUGGGGUGGGGCGG